AUGUCCUCUAACACUACAGAUGAAAUUAAUUCUAGUAAAGGAAUUCAAUCCCAGAAUACCACAACUGCCGAUCUCGACACAACCACAUCGUCUUCAGACGACUUAACCACUGUAAGUGAAAGCACAGAUGUUACAACAACGGAGACAUCGGACAACGUAACAACAGUGAGUGAAACCACAGAUGUUACAACAACGGAGACUCCGGACAACGUAACAACAGAAAGUGAAACCACAGAUGUUACAACAACGGAGACACCGGACAACGUAACAACUGAAGCCGCAGACACCACAACACAAGCUGCAGACACCACAACACAAGCUGCAGACACCACAACACAAGCUGCAGAAACCACAACACAAGCUACAGACACCACAACGCAAGCUGCCGACACGACAACGCAAGCCGCCGACACCACAACGCAAGCCGCCGACACAACAACGCAAGAUGCAGACACCACAACGCAAGCUGCAGACACCACAACGCAAGCCGCAGACACCACAACGCAAGCUGCCGACACCACAACGCAAGCCGCCGACACCACCACGCAAGCGGUCGACACCACCACGCAAGCGGUCGACACCACAACGCAAGCCACAGACAUCACAACGCAAGCCGCCGACACCACAACGCAAGCUGCCGACACCACAACGCAAGUUGCAGACACCACAACGCAAGCCGCAGACACCACAACGCAAGCCUCAGACACCACAACGCAAGCUGCAGACACCACAACGCAAGUGCCCGACACCACCACGCAAGCGGCCGACACCACCACGCAAGCCGCAGACACCACAACGCAAGCUGCAGACACCACAACGCAAGCUGCAGACACCACAACGCAAGCGGCCGACACCACCACGCAAGCGGCCGACACCACCACGCAAGCCACAGACACCACAACGCAAGCCGCCGACACCACAACGCCAGUUCCCGACACCACAACGCAAGUUCCCGACACCACAACGCAAGCUGCCGACACCACAACGCAAGUUGCCGACACCACAACGCAAGUUGUCGACACCACAACACAAGCUGCCGACACCACAACGCAAGCCACAGACACCACAACGCAAACUGCAGACACCACAACACAAGCUGCCGACACCACAACACAACCCGCAGACACCACAACGCAAGCCGCAGAGACCACAACACAGGCCAUAGACACCACAACACAGGCCGCAGACACCACAACGCAAGCCGCAGAGACCACAACACAGGCCAUAGACACCACAACACAGGCGGCAGACACCACAACACAGGCUGCAGAGACCACAACACAAGCUGCUGUUACCACAACACAAGCUCCAACCACCACAACACAAGCACCAACAACCACAACACAAGCACCAACAACCACUACACAAGCACCAACCACCACAGAAAAUGUAUGUGCUAGUGUCACGUGUCAAAAUGGUGGCGUGUGCAUUCGAAUGGAUGGCAAAGGUGUUUGCCGUUGUGAUGGAAACUAUACAGGAGACCGGUGUCAAUACGCUAUAGCGGGAUAUACUUCAUGGUCCACGUGGGGGGCAUGUGAUCAGGAUUGUGGGGAUGGUAUCCAAUUGAGGACACGCAAUUGCACUGAUGUCACAGGAGCAAACCGGGGCAUGGACUGCGGAAAUAAUCUGCAAGAGGAAAAGGCAUGCGUAGGUCUACCAAAAUGUGUUGUGACGGCUAAUCCAUGUGAAGCGGUUAUCAAUCCAUGCUUAACUGAUGGCGUGCUGCAUACAUGUCGUGUUCAGUCGGGAGGGAAGUUCAAAUGUACAUGCAAAGAUGGAUUUGUCAAUGAUGCAAAUGGAGUAUAUUGUGCUAAUGAAAAUGAAUGUAAUAAUGUCAACAAUGACUGUAAAGACGUCAACACAAAAUCAUUCAAAAUGGGCGUGUCUGGAUGUAGGGACACUGUAGGGAGCUAUGGUUGUGUAUGUUCCAGUGGGUUUACUUACAACAGUACAAAUAGGGCAUGUAAUGAUAUUAAUGAGUGUAUCAGCAGUGACACCAAUAACUGUGACAUUUCAACCAGAGCGACCUGUAGUAACACACCUGGCAGUUUUACCUGUGCUUGUAAAGCGGGAUACCAAGGCGCAGGAACCACAGGAUCAUGCAAAGAGAACCGAUUGCUUAGUUUUGUUAACCAUACAAAGCUCUCAUCAUCCGAUGCCUAUUCCAAGUAUUUCUUCCCACAAUACGCAAUAACUGUCGGAUCUUUCCUGUAUCCAUCAUUUUAUUUUACAAGAGGAGGCCUGUUGCUCUUUACAACAGUCACCAGUGAUACAGUAAGCACAGGAAGCAGACAGGCUUUCACCAAUCCAUCCAAGUUCUCCUUCGACUCAUCAUUCCAAGAAAAGGCUGCUUUUGCUCCAUGGUGGUCUAACUUGGUUGUGGGAUUAGCAGACAGUGCAAGUGGUGUGUAUUACAAAGAGUAUUCUUCUACUGUUCCAACUGAAAAUGCUGCAAUGUUGGCACAGAAAAGUGAUUUCAAUACUAACAAAGGAGGUUUUAGCAUGAAUGCUCCAAAGCACAUGAUUGUGAUUACAUGGAACAAAAUGGAACUGAGCAAAAUUCCACGGAGUCCCUCUGAGAUUGUAACCUUCCAGUUGGUAAUGUUAUCAGAUUAUCAAAACACCUAUGUCAAGGUCAUAUAUAAUGACCGAGAAAUGACCUGGGAUGUAUUGAACUCAGUUGGAAAUUACCCAGUAAGGAUUGGAAUCUUGAAGCAGAAUGAAACUGCAGAAGAAUAUCCACAGUCUUACCUUGACCUGCUGUCAAAACCAGAGGACAAAAACAAAAUACAGAAGAUUGAUGAAGUCAUUCCAACAGGACUUGUUGGAGAUGUCACCAGAAAAGGGUUUUCAUAUUAUCGUAUCUCCAAGUCAGUGGCCCCAGCUCAUCCAGGUCUACAAUGUAAUACUUAUAUUGAAAGUCAGAAGUUGAGUCAGAAAAACCCACAGAAAAAAGUUGUGACAGCAGAUGUCAGCAAAUGUCCACCAAGUCUGUUACAGACCACAGACUCAUUUAAGACAUUCACAAGUGCAGAAAUUCCUAGUUCCAUGACCUGCUAUGCCAAGCGAAGUGCUUUGUCAAGUACGGCCCGAGAUCAACGCAGCCAACGUUGUUGCUACAACAAAGGAAACAAAGGGUUGAUUUUAGACCCUACACUUGCUAAAGGAUUUAACAUAUACAUGUGACCGACUUCAGCUGAACAAAUUUCAGCAGAUAAGAACUUUGGCAUUUGUUGUAAUGCUGAAAAUAGUUAUGCUUCAAGAGAGGACCUUUGUGCUAAGUUUGUGGAGGUACUGCCUGUAUGCACAGCUGAGAACUUUGUGGCCAGUGGAGCAGGUGGUGCCUUGGGAGAUCCACAUUUGACAACACUAGAUGGUUUAUCCUUCACUUUCAAUGGACAUGGAGAAUUUGUACUGAUGAAAGCAGCAGAUGUUGAGGUUCAAGGACGAUUUUCACCUCAGAGAAAUGCUGGGGGUGUGAAGAGUGCUACAUUUAUAAGUGCAAUAGCAGGAAAACAGUCCAAUCCUAACAGUGAUAAAGUGGAAUUCAGAUUGAAUUCUGCAGCUACAGAUACAGAAAUCCUAAAAAAUGGCGCAGUUCAGUCUAUGGAUUUCUCUGGAGGAGCCGUGGAUUGGAAUGAAGUGUCAAUCACAAAAGCAGUCAGCAGCAGCAACAUAACCACUUACAAAAUGAUCUUUAGUGGAGGACUGACAGCAGGUGUACAGCUUAACAAUGCAAUGUUUCAGCUGGUCAUUUCAGCAUCUUCCAGCUACCGCAGUAAUUUCACAGGACUCUUGGGCAACUUUGAUGGUUCAACUAGUAAUGACUUUACUUCACCAAAUGGAAGUGUCACACCUUCUGACUCAGUCGAGAGUGUCGUUUACACAUACGGAGCGAAAUGGCAAAACAAUGCGAACUCUACUCUGUUUACGUAUGGUGGAAGUCCAAACAACACUAACUGGGCUAGCCACGUAGAUACAGCUUACACCCCAGUCUUCUUCAAUGCUAACCUGACCAUUAUGUUUCCGGAUCCUGCCAAGAAAACUCAAGCCAUCAGUGCUUGUAACAAAGGGGCUUCCACGGAUUCUGAUCCAGAAAAGCGCAGGGAAUGUUACUUUGAUUUCAAGGUUACAGAAAAUGCUGCUUUGGCUUCAGCUACCUCUGACACCAAGACGGCUUUAGCAGAAACACAGUCCACCCUUGCCAACUAUCCACCAGAGAUAAAAAACGGCAAUGUUACAAUCCAGGUAUCGGUUGGUGGUAAUUUCUCACUACAGCUAGUGGCUGAGGAUCAAAAUGAAGGGGACACCAUCUUUUUCCUUUUGAAUAGUGAUGCUCCUUCUGGAGUUAAAGUGGAUAAUGCAACUAAAAGACUGUCCUGGAUCAAUGUUCCGGACAGUAACUCCAUGUCUAUCCAGGUCACAGUGUCUGAUGGGAAGGCCCAGUCUCUGUGGACUCCAAAAAUUAAAUUGUGCAAGUGUAAGAAUGGUGGUACGUGUGGCUUCAAUGUAGACAGCAGUGACCAGUUUUUCAUUGUUCCCUGUACCUGUGUGACAGGAUAUGAUGGUAACUUUUGUGAGAAUGACCAGGAUGGUUGUGCGACCAAUCCCUGCUGGCCAGGAGUGGACUGUACUGAUGUCCUUGCUCGUGAUCUGUCCAGCACUCCAGCUGGAUUUGUCUGUGGUUCCUGUCCAGUUCAUCUCGAUGGAGACGGAAUCACUUGCUCAGACAAGGAUGAGUGUGUGGUGAACAAACCUCCCCCAUGUAGUCAGAACUGCACCAACAUUGCUAAUGGUUACACCUGUUCCUGCAUAUCUGGGUAUAUUUUGGGCGGUGAUGCCCGAACUUGUCAAGAUGUUAAUGAGUGUCAGACAAAUACGGACAAAUGUAACAAGGCCACCACAACUUGUAGUAACACUGUGGGUUCCUAUACCUGUAACUGUAAGACCGGUUACUCCAGCGACACCCAAUAUGCUUGUACAGACAUCAAUGAAUGUUCAUCCAAUCCCUGCCCUGCUAACUCAAGAUGUCAAAACACUGUUGGCAGUUACACGUGUACCUGUAAUUUUGGAUAUGAGAAAAACACCCAGACCAACACAUGUGAUGACAAGGAUGAGUGUGCAGGUUCCAACAACUGCCAGCAGAAGUGUGUAGAUGGUGUGGGUACCUACACAUGUGCAUGUAACACUGGGUAUCGUCUCAACGAAACAGAUUUAGUCAGCUGUUUACCUGAAAAUGUGUGCACAGCACAACAAAGAGCAACCUGUGAUGGUGGUAGCGGCCGAGCAACAUGUGCCGUGUCUAAUGGCCAGGUGUACUGUACUUGUCCCAACGGUUAUGCCCUCAAUGCAACAAAAUACUGUAUAGAUAUUGAUGAGUGUGCCACUAAUGCUGAUGUUUGUGUUGAUGCCAAGAGUGACUGUGUCAACCAAGUAGGGGGAUACAAGUGUCAGUGUAAAUCAGGAUACCGGGCACUCAACAAUUUCAUCUGUGCAGACAUUGAUGAGUGUGCAUCAUCAAGCAGCAACAACUGUACAAGUCCUGCCACCUGUCGGAAUAAUGAGGGAGGUUAUGUGUGCACAUGUCCCUCAGGCUACUCUAAAUCGGGUCAAUAUGGCUGUAGUGACAACAAUGAAUGUGCUUCAGUUUCCACCAAUUCCUGUGAUAGACAAUAUGGAACAUGUAGUAACACCCCAGGAGGCUACACUUGUUCAUGUAACAAAGGCUUUACUGGAAAUGGAUUUGUGUGUGCAGAUUUGAACGAGUGUGCAUCAAGUUCAACAAACAACUGCACCCAGACCUGCUCAAACAGCAUUGGAGGCUACACUUGUUCCUGUCUGAGUGGCUACACAUUGGCAGCAGAUGGAUUUACAUGUAACGAUGUAAAUGAAUGUAAUAGCACUAGUGCCAAUGGUUGCUAUAGCAACAACUUUUGUACAAACACUCAGGGAAGGUACGCAUGCUCCUGUCCCACUGACUACCGCCUUAAAGGGGACGGAAGAACUUGUCAAUCCAUUUAUCAGUGUGAAAGUAACCAUGGAUGCAGCCAUACUUGUGGAAGAGUUAAUGGGAUAGAUACUUGUUCUUGUCCCACUGGUAUGGUACUAGAUAGUACUAACAAAACCUGUGUAGAUAAAAAUGAAUGUGCCUCAGAAGCGGACAACCUGUGCAGAAUUGCCAACAAUGUGAUCUGCUUGGACACUAAUGGUUCUUAUGUCUGUAACUGUGUCAACAGUUCCUAUGUCAAAACUCAGCAGACUGUCUGUACUGAUGCCAAUGAAUGUACACUGGGCACUGCCAGCUGUCCCGCCAAUUCUCAGUGUGUCAACAAGGAUCCAGGGUAUGAGUGUCAAUGUGUAUCAGGCUACUCCAAAGUAGGGGCUCUAUGUCAAGAUAUUAAUGAAUGUGCAGGUGCCAAUGAUUGCCACGCUAAUGGCACUUGUACAAACACUGCAGGGGGAUACACCUGUGCCUGUAAUGCAGGGUUCUCGGGGAAUGGCAGAGUAUGUUCAGAUAUUGAUGAAUGUGCUCUCAAUACCCAUCACUGUGACAGUCGUGUGGCGAGAAGAACUUGCACAAACACUAUAGGGAGCUUCACCUGUGGCUGCCGAAGUGGGUUCCAGUUAGCUGCUGAUAAACGAACUUGUAAUGAUGUGGAUGAAUGCACUGGAAAUCAUGGCUGCCAACAAGUGUGCAGAAACAAUGAUGGUGGAUAUGAAUGUGCUUGUCAGACAGGAUAUAGACUCACUGCAGACCAAAGGAACUGUAUUGUGGAAACUGAGUGUGAGUCAGUCAAGAAAGCCACCUGCUUGAAUCAACAGUGUGCCAAGGUGAAUGGUACUGAUACUUGUCAGUGUCCUACCGGCUUCCAACUGGCAGCAGAUGGGACCUCAUGUAACGACAUCGAUGAGUGCAAGACCUCCCCUUGUUAUGCUACCAAUAGUAAUUGUACCAACACUCAAGGAGGAUACAACUGUUCUUGUACAAAUGGCUACAUUCUGGGACCCAACAAUGUGUGUAAAGAUCGUAAUGGUGGUCUUUCUAACUGGUCUGUUUGGGGAAACUGUACCAAGGAAUGUGGCAAUGGAACCCAGACGCGGACAAGGUCCUGCACUAAUCCGACCAAGGAGGGAUUCGGCGCUGAUUGUACUGGCGAACUUUCACAAACCCAAAUUUGUAACACAGAAGUCUGUCCUACUGAACCCCUAACUACCACAACUGUGGCUGCUGAAACAACUACAACAAUUCAAUCCCAGAAUACCACAACUGCCGAUCUCGACACAACCACAUCGUCUUCAGACGACUUAACCACUGUAAGUGAAAGCACAGAUGUUACAACAACGGAGACAUCGGACAACGUAACAACAGUGAGUGAAACCACAGAUGUUACAACAACGGAGACUCCGGACAACGUAACAACAGAAAGUGAAACCACAGAUGUUACAACAACGGAGACACCGGACAACGUAACAACUGAAGCCGCAGACACCACAACACAAGCUGCACACACCACAACACAAGCUGCAGACACCACAACACAAGCUGCAGACACCACAACACAAGCUGCAGAAACCACAACACAAGCUACAGACACCACAACGCAAGCUGCCGACACGACAACGCAAGCCGCCGACACCACAACGCAAGCCGCCGACACCACAACGCAAGAUGCAGACACCACAACGCAAGCUGCAGACACCACAACGCAAGCCGCAGACACCACAACGCAAGCUGCCGACACCACAACGCAAGCCGCCGACACCACCACGCAAGCGGUCGACACCACCACGCAAGCCGCAGACACCACAACGCAAGCCACAGACAUCACGACGCAAGCUGCAGACACCACAACGCAAGUUGCCGACACCACCACGCAAGUUGCAGACACCACAACGCAAGCUGCAGACACCACAACGCAAGCUGCAGACACCACAACGCAAGCGGCCGACACCACCACGCAAGCGGCCGACACCACCACGCAAGCCGCAGACACCACAACGCAAGCCGCAGACACCACAACGCAAGCUGCAGACACCACAACGCAAGCGGCCGACACCACCACGCAAGCGGCCGACACCACCACGCAAGCCGCAGACACCACAACGCAAGCCACAGACACCACAACGCAAGCCGCCGACACCACAACGCCAGUUCCCGACACCACAACGCAAGUUCCCGACACCACAACGCAAGCUGCCGACACCACAACGCAAGUUGCCGACACCACAACGCAAGUUGUCGACACCACAACACAAGCUGCCGACACCACAACGCAAGCCGCAGACACCACAACGCAAACUGCAGACACCACAACACAAGCUGCCGACACCACAACACAAACCGCAGACACCACAACGCAAGCCGCAGAGACCACAACACAGGCCAUAGACACCACAACACAGGCCGCAGACACCACAACGCAAGCCGCAGAGACCACAACACAGGCCAUAGACACCACAACACAGGCGGCAGACACCACAACACAGGCUGCAGAGACCACAACACAAGCUGCUGUUACCACAACACAAGCUGCAACCACCACAACACAAUACAUCGGAACUAUAGCGGGAUAUACUUCAUGGUCCACGUGGGGGGCAUGUGAUCAGGAUUGUGGUGAUGGUAUCCAAUUGAGGACACGCAAUUGCACUGAUGUCACAGGAGCAAACCGGGGCAUGGACUGCGGAAAUAAUCUGCAAGAGGAAAAGGCAUGCGUAGGUCUACCAAAAUGUGUUGUGACGGCUAAUCCAUGUGAAGCGGUUAUCAAUCCAUGCUUAACCGAUGGCGUGCUGCAUACAUGUCGUGUUCAGUCGGGAGGGAAGUUCAAAUGUACAUGCAAAGAUGGAUUUGUCAAUGAUGCAAAUGGAGUAUAUUGUGCUAAAUCCCAGAAUUCUCUAGUGAGGAUCCCCAACAACAACACACCCCCGGAAUUCUCUAGUGAGGAUCCCCACCAACAACAGACCCCAGAAUUCUCUAGUGAGGAUCCCCACCAACAACGUACCCCAGAAUUCUCUAGUGAGGAUCCCUACCAACAGCAGACCCCAGAAUUCUCUAAUGAGGAUCCCCACCAACAGCAGACUAAAAGAAUUAUCUAG